AUGCCUUUACUAGGAUUAAAUCUACCUGAUGUUGAACUUUUGGCUAACAAUCCAAAAAGCUUAGAGGGGAGGUUGCUGUUUGCAGUCCCUAAGAAGGGAAGGCUGUUACAAGCAGCACUGAACCUACUCGAAGGUGCUGAUAUACAGUUUCGAAGAGAAAACCGGCUUGACAUUGCACUCGUCAAGAAUUUCCCAAUCGCGCUCGUUUUCCUACCCGCCGCCGACAUUCCUACUUUCGUAGGCGAGGGCCGAGUUGAUAUUGGUAUUACUGGACGGGAUACUGUAGCAGAGCAUGAGACUGGUGUGGGGCAACUAAGAAGAGAACGGGCAGAGUCAGGAAACAGCACACCGACCGAAGAAGAUACCCAUCAAGGAUGUGAAGAGGUAAUGGACUUGGCAUUUGGUGCUUGCAAAUUACAAGUUCAGGUUCCGGAGAAAGGACCAUACGCCAAACCAUCGGAUUUAAUUGGCAAAAAUAUCGGAACAAGUUUCGUUCAUCUGGCAGAGGAGUACUUUCUGAAUUUAGAAAAGGAGGCCGAUGGAGAUGCUGGAGCAACGCAGCGAAAGCUCAAGACCAAAAUAAUCGAAUUGAGUGGAAGUGUAGAGGCGGCUUGCGCGCUUGGUGUCGCAGAUGGAAUUGUCGAUCUCGUGGAAUCGGGCGAGACUAUGAAAGCGGCUGGGCUGAAAGCAAUUGAUACGGUUCACUCGAGUAUCGCAGUAUUGAUCAAGUCGAAAGCUCCCUCGAAUCCACAGCUGGUCGAUCUUAUUGCGUCGAGAAUUAGAGGUGUAAUCACCGCCCAAAAAUAUGUUCUUUGCCAGUACAACGUGGAGCGCAAGAAGCUACAGGAAGCUGCCAAAAUCACCCCAGGAAAGCGAGCACCAACCAUUAAUGCUCUUGAAGAGGAAGGCUGGGUGGCAGUCAGUUCCAUGGUAGAAAAGAAGAAGAUUGCUACCGUGAUGGAUGAAUUAACAGAAGUUGGAGCAACAGAUAUCCUAGUUUUGAACAUUGCCAACAGCAGAACUGGAUAA